AUGUUGGUCCUAGGUGACAGCGGACCGGCAGGUAGCCCCGGACCCCCGGGACCUCCAGGAAUCACCUUCACGACCGAGGAUGGGGACUUGGUGCCUGGCUUUGGAGCCGGCGAAAUUGCUCGAGCUUGGAGCAUCUCCUCCCAUCACCCCCCUCCCUUCCCCCUACUAACUUAUGAAUCAGAGCGUAACCUUAGCUCAGUCAUCAGUGGCCGUGUAUUGUGCCUCAGGAGCCUCUGUUUGCCUCAAUCAGGAGGAUAG